AUGAAUUUUUUUUCGUUUAUAAUUUUAACAUUAAUAUCAUCAUUAAUAGCACAGUAUCAAUAUUUUCAUAAUCCAUCAUGGAAUCAUUCAAGUCGACAAAACUAUAUGGCACCAAUAGAUCUAUAUGCUGGAGUACAUUUACCAAACCACAAUCAUGCAACGGCUCCGUCUAUUGAUACUGUUGUUCCAAUAAAUAAUAAUCAAUAUAGGAAUAAUUUAUUGACAACUCGAACUACUUAUUUUUUUCAUCCAAUAUCAACAACAACAACUAUUCAAACAAAAAAAUAUUAUAGUUUUAGACGACGAAAUCGAACUAAAAUAAUACCACCACCAGCAAAUCCAAAUGCUCAACAUUUUGGAAUUGUUGUUAAUGUUUAUGAGCCAACAGAUAUAAAAAGUACUCUAUCAUCAACAACACAAUACCCAUGGUGGAAAUUAACUACAACAACAACAACAACAACAACAACACAAUCAUUCUAUGAACGUUUUCCUAAAUUACCUUCACAAAUUAGUAGAUUACCACCACCAACGGUACCAAGAAGUUUUACAACGCUGCCUAGUUUUACAUAUUCAUCAACAACAAAAACAACGACGACUACUGAUAGGACUACUACUACUACUACUACUACUACUACUACUACAUUCUCUCAAUCAACAUCUAGUUCAUUUGUGCCUAGUUCACCUAUUCCAUCGAAUUCAUCUUGGUUAUUCACUGUUCCAUCAUUUUCUCAAAUUAUCGAUCAAUAUCCUCGUUAUCCAACAAUUAUUCGUUGGUUUGAAGAACUUUCUCAUCAUCCUAAUAUAUCUCGUUUUUUUGCAUACGAAAUUAUUGGGCGUACUCAUGAAAAUCGUUCAUUAGUUGUAGCAAAAAUUGGUCUUAUGCCAUUUCGAAAAAGUCGUCGUUCUGUAUGGCUUGAUGGUGGUAUACAUGCAAGAGAAUGGAUUUCAACAGCAACUGUUCUUUAUACAAUGGCACGAAUAAUUAAUGGUACAUUAGCACGUGAUGCUGAUGUAAGAAAAUUAAUUGAUAAAUAUGAUUUUUAUUUUAUGCCUGUUGUUAAUCCUGAUGGUUAUUCAUAUACACAUGAUGAUAUAAAGACUAUUUGGGAUACACAAGAAAAACAAGAUCAACAGCGAAUGUGGAGAAAAAAUCGACGACCACAUAAUGAAUGUCCAGGCGUUGAUUUAAAUCGAAAUUUUCCAUUUGCAUGGGAUAAUCGAGGAGCAUCGAAAUUUCCAUGUGAAGAAACAUAUCGUGGACCAUAUCCUGAAUCUGAACCAGAAGUUCGAUCGAUAACAUCGUUUAUAUUACAACGUCGACGUUAUUUUUAUGCAUUUAUAACAUUACAUGCAUUUGGUAAUCUUUGGAUGUUACCAUUUUCAUUUUCAACACGUAUUCGUCCAUAUGAUUAUCAUCGUGCUGAACGUUUACUUUUACAAAUGAAUCAUUUAAGUCAAAAUACAUUCAAAAUUGGUCAAUCAUCAACAGUACUCUAUACAGCAACAGGUACAAGUGAAGAUUGGGCUAAAGCUAUAGCACAAAUUCCACAUACAUUUUCAAUUGAACUUCCACCAAGUACUGAUGCAUUUGAUAUGCGUCAAGAUGAAUUAAAUGGUUUUACAUUCUAUGCUGAUAAAGAUAUUGGUACAGUAGCUGAAUCAACAUAUCGUUUAUUACAAUUAUAUCUUAAAAAUUUAGCUAAAUUACAACAUUCAUCACGAAUAACAAUUUAA